AUGCAGCAACCAUUGCGCGAUCCCGCGGCCGGCGUGGCACGUGAAUUGCUUCCGCACCUGCACCUGGUCUCCAAGUAUCGAUACCCCUUCUUGAAUCAAAUGUCACUCGAUACUGUAGUCAGCUACCUCACAGAAGCUCCCAAGAUUGUACACGACCUACAGCCCGUUGUCUGGCAGUUCCUCGAGGCCCCGCCAGAUGGAACCGUACUGCUGGUUUGGCAACCUCUCGAUUACCUAGGGGCCAACUUCGCAAGUGAUGGCUAUGUAUGGGGUGACGCAGAACAUGCUUUUAACUCUGAGCACAAUGGCUAUAUGGUCGAAAUGUGGCUACAUCGAGGGGGUUAUCACUGGCCAAACGAACCCUUCACAGCCCACUGUAGAAAAAGAUACCGGUUGACACAAUCUAAGAACUCCAACGCCCCUCCUUGCGACCCGUCAUUGUGGAUUAUACACUACUCCCGGGCGGAUCGAGAAAAUGUCAUACCUUCCAGUCAAUUACCUUUGCAGCCCAAUGUGCAGACAGCGUUGAGCCAACGUCGCUUUCUUCAAAGUCAGGGUCACUUGGCCAGGAAAGAGUUUAUGCUUCAUGAUAAGGCCAAUUGGCCAACCAUCAAUAUGCCGUCUUCGCAAGGCCUGCAAUACCCGCCACACAUGAUAGCCAGACAACAAGCAGCAGCAGCUGCUGCUGCACAGAUCCAGAUGGGCGCUGCACCAAUCAAGAGCGUCCCUGAGCGUAAUCAGCACCGUCGAGGGCCCAGCAACGCAUUGGAGCCGACACUAGAAGAGGAGGAAGACGUAUCUAGAGGUGACAUGUUGGAUUUUAUGACUCCAAGAGAGAUCAGCAGAAUGCGAUAUGAGCAACAUCACGAGUGGAUGGAAGAGAUCAUGUCUUCUCCAUUUGCCAUGAAGCAAAUUCUGCCUACAGAUCUGGGUUUAGGUCGCAAAGGUGAGCUUGAAGCGCUAACCAGUGGUUUUUUCGACACGCCUACGUCGGUGCUUCAGGAAACGCCCGCGAAUGCAUCAAGACUCAGCGUUGGCAGAAUGGAAGUUGCAAAGGCAGAGGAGUUCACCGCAAAAGCAGCGAAGAAGGUAGCAGAAAUGGAGGCCGAGUUGGAGCACCUGAAAAAACGACAUGCUAGACGAAUGGCCAAGCUUGACAGAUCAUUGUCCCUGGUCAGCGCAGAGAAGAAACUACGGGCAGCUACUGCGGAGGGUGGCCAGCCGAGUACUUUCGGGAAUAGCGAGGCAGAAAGUGGACAGAGAGCCACAGCGAACAUUGACGAUAUUGUUCGAGAUGUCGAGACUGCCAGUGGAAAGAAGAUCAAGCCAGUCUCGGCUGUUGAGUGCGUUCAAAAAGGGGGACUGGAAGAAAGGCUUCAAACGCCAACGGCCGUCAUUUCCAAUAGACAGCCAACGCCGGAAAAUGCUAUUAUCGAGAACAAGACAAAUAAUUCAAAUACUGAAGCUUCCAACACCACUGAGACGAGGGUAUCACCUGAGGCGGAGCAGCUGCAACACCCCAGCGCGAAUGCACCUCAAACAUCACAGUCAGUCACCAACGGGCAUAGACCUGAAAACCAACCACCAGCAGGAGAAGAGACCACCAUGGAAGAGUCUACAGUCCCCUCACUCGAUGAUAUGGACGUUGAUAUUGAAAUGGCCGGCCUUGAUCACGAUGAUCGACAAGUCGAAACACAGACGGUGGAGAAUGAGGGCAGUGAAUGGGUGAUGGUAGAUGACCUAAAUGCAGACAUCAGGAAAGAAGAUGCGCCAGGACUAGCUGAGGCGCAAAUUGAGGUGCCCGAACCGGUAACAGAAAGGGCUGGCCCGCCUGCCGCAUCAGAUUUCGCACAUUCUCCGACAGCGCAUGCCACCCAAGGUCUAACGCCUGCUGAACCAUCCGGCGGGCAACUGGGUGAGGGCGAAGACAUGAAUACCGCUGAUUUCGAUCUUGGACAAGGUGGGUUUGAUGCGAAUUUGGAUGAUACUGGGCAUGACUUGGUGGAUUUCGGGGACGAGCAUGGAGAUCUGAAUCUAGAGGGGAUGGAUGACUCGGCAUUUGGAGACGCAUUUCAUCCUCCAGAUGAGGAUCAAAGCCAUCUACUGGAGCAUGGAGACAUGUCAUGA